AUGAUCAUUUCCAACUUUGCCACCUUCUUAUAUUUGCAUCGUCACAUGAGAAAGCUGGGGAAAAGUGGCAUUUCCGUCUCUGCUUCCAGACUUCGGAGUCAGUUAAGAGUCACCGUCGCCGGAAUUUGUCAAAGUGUUAUCUUCUUCGGUUGUAUGACUUUUAAUUUCAUCGACUCACUCACUUUUAAAUAUGCAGGUUUCUUCUUUGGGUCUCAUAUCAGUUUCACAGUCAGUAAUUUGUACGUAUUUGGUACCACCGUCAACAUGGCCGUCGGUCAGUCCACUUUUAGGCCGAGGGUUGCUGCUUUAUGUUUGAUGGUGUACACUUUUUUUUUCUACUGCCUCAUCUUGAACCACUACCGCCAAGUCGGGAUCAAACAGCCGCUGAAGCUGCUCCUGUACUCCGGGGUUUGCUCGUGCACACUUUACCUUUUGAUGCUCAUAGUCAUGUUCUUUUUCUACACGCACGGGACAUCCUUCAAGGUCAGCCUGGCCUUCAACAUCUUGUUGUACAUCAAUCUCACCACAGUCUUGACCUCCACAGUCUGGCAGAGCUUUUUCUACUGCGUUAAGAUCAUACCUGGACGACGAAGAUUCUUUAUGUGGAUAAAAAGGAACAUCAAAUCUAUUGUCUACGCUCUCAUUUUUGUCGACAGACUGUUCUGCACGCUCGAGGCCGUUGCCAGCUUUUUAUAUUCCGUCAAGGAUUUACAACGCAAUCGCACAGUGCAUUAUCAGCAAAAAGCGCCUAUCGCACAGGUACUCUGGUUUGUGGUGUGGACACUGAGAGGAUACUACUGUGUAUGUUUUUUAACAGUACUACUUUCCUGUUGGUCGACUGCACUCUUCUUGUACAUGCAUCUGCGUCGUAUGGCAGCACGUGACGUGAUAUCCUGUCCUCGAGUUUGUAAUCAAGUGAGGAUCUCCGUCACCGGCCUGCUGCAGGGAGUUCUUUAUAUCAUUUAUGCAAGCUGGUUGAGCUUCCUGUAUUUGAUGGGACGAUCGCUGUCUUAUAUUGCAAUGGGUCAGAAUGUCUUCAGGCAGCAGAUGGCUGACAUCUGGCUCAGAGCAUCGCGGCUGACAAGCGGAGGACCUGAAGGCAUCAAGGCAGUUGUCAGCAGCCCUGGUACGGUCAAGGCUGCUCUUAUAGAAGGAGUGUCAGACACCUCCGAAGCUACCAAAUGUCACUUUGGUCCCAUGGUGAAGGCAACUAACGUGGAAUUACCGACACAUUUGUGGCUUUCGUAUGGAAAUGAGCAGGAGAAAGCGACGUAA